AUGAAUUGUAAAUAUGAUUUGUUUAAGAAACUAAAAUAAUUUAUAUAUAUUUAAAAUAUAAAUAGAGAAAUGAAAAGGGCAGUCUAAAAAGUGUAAUUGUUAAAGAAUAUGACAAAAAUAUUUGCAGAAGGGAAUUAUUAAGUGACAGUUAAAAAUAUAUUAAAUGGUUUGUCUAAUUAAAAUGAAUAGGAUAUGUAAUAUCUUGAGAAAUAGAUGUUAAAAAUAUUUCCAAUUUGUUCAAAAAUUUAAAGGUAUUUAAGAAGCCAAGAUAAGUUUCAUUUGUUCAUAAAAUAAUUUUAAGUAGAAUUGCAUAAUGAAAAGGAUGUAAUAUUCUGUAUGGGUGAAGUAGGGAGAAAAAUGUAUUUUAUAUUGGAUGGGAAUUUGAAUAUUUUUCCAUAUGAAAUAAAUGAAAUUAGUAUGAGAAUAUUAUAUAAUUGAGAAUAAGUAACCUGCGGCAGUAUUAGUUCCUGGAGAUUAUUUCGGAGAAGUGAGUCUUCAUCAUAGACUUCCAAGAACAGCUACAAUUGUAUGUGCAAGUAAUGCAGUUCUAUUAAUAAUAAACUAUGAAGCAUAUUACAAUUUCUUAUAACCAGUGAUCGAUCAUCAAAUUGCAGUUCAGUAUUAUCAAUUGAAACCAACAGCACUUUUCUAUGGCUGGAAUGAAUUAGCUUUAGCAUUAAUUAUUCAUCAUUUGAAAUUAAUUACUAUUCUAAGAAACUAAUAUGUAUAUAAAGAGGGUUAAAAUGAUAGAUCAUUUUAUGUUGUGAAGAGUGGAGAAAUUUUAAUUUAAUAAAAAAUUAAAGUCAAAGGGAAAUUAUAAGAUUACGGACUUGUAAGUCUUGGUAUUGGAUAAUGUUUUGGAGAUUAUGAAUUUAUUGAUAAUUAAUCAUGGUAUUCUAAUAGAAAUUAACUUGAAAAUAUUAAAAGAACUACUGAUGCUAUUUCAACUACAGUUAGUGAAAUUUAUCAAGUCCCUUUAUUCUAAUAUUUAUAGAUUGCAGAAAACUAUCAUUCACUAUUAUUCAAAAAAUAUUUAAAAUAAAAUAAACUUAUUUUAACACAAAGAAUUUUAUAAUUGUAAGAACGCAUUCAAAAAAUUGAUAAUUCAGAAGAAUAUGAUAAUCCAGAAAAUCUUCAUAUCCCAUAAUUUAAACCUAAAUCUUCUAAUCCUUAUUAAAAUCUAUUAAAUACUAUUAGAAAUAGAAAAAUUAUACCCUAAUAAUAAUAAUAGUAAGAACUAAGAGAAGAAAUUGAAUCAGAUACUAAUAUCAAACAAUUAAAAAAAAAAAUAUAAAAUUAUUUUUAUUAACCAUCUAAUCUUUAAUAAUAACUCAAAAAAAAUGAAUAAACUUAAAGCUUGUCUUCUCGUAAUAAUAAUACUAGACUUCCUUUAAAACCAAGAGAAAAUAAGAAUGAUAAGGCUAAUUAUUUAAAAAAAUUAUACGCUAUGAGAAAUAAAUUAUUAGCAUAAACAUCAUAUGGCAAUUCUAAUAAUAUUGAUACUUAAAAAACUCAAGUAUUGAAUUAAAACUAACAAACCAAUUUAUUUUAAUAAUAAUUCUAAUCAUUAAAUAUUCAUUCCUAUAAAAAUUCAAGAACUGUUACUCCUAGUCCAUCUUAUGUUAUUAAAACUCCUAAUUAAAAUUAUUCAGAAAGAAAAUAUGAAUUUCAUAAUGUUCAUAUAGUUAAAUCAAAAUCACAAAGUUCAUUUUAAUUACAUAAAUAAGAAAAUUAUCCUGUUAAAAAAAUAAUUAUGGAAGUUCGAAACCAAAAAAAAUCAUCUUUGGGUUGUCUAAUAACUUAAUUAUGA